AUGUUCGCCCAGCGAUUCGACCCCAACCUGGUGGGGCAGGAGUUGCCGAAACCACAGAUUCCAAUCAAGAAAAGAAAACUAAGUCAGACAUCCAUUGAUGACGAGGCCACAAAUGAGAAAGCAGAUACAGAAAGCCUGAGUUCAGAUAGCGAAAGCACUAGCGAUAGUGAUAGUGACAGUGAAAGUGAAAGCUCAUCGAGUGAAAGUGGGGAGGAAACUUCUGAAAGUCAAGAGGAGGAUGUUAAACCAGCGGAUGAGCUAAAAAAUAGCAUGGAGGUUGACGAUCCCGUUGAACCUAGAGAGGCCGACCCAGAUUAUCUCAAGAAGCAUGCCUCUGUGUUUCAGAAGUUCAAGUCGGUUCAGUCCAAUGAUGUUGAUAUGGACACAGAGAAGCCUAGUGACGAGGAAGUCGAAAAACAGGAUUUAGCUCCUCUUCCACAACCGGAACUUCCUCGAGACGUGACUCUUCGAUCCACUCAGGCACAUCUGAAAACCCUUGAUUGGCUAGCGAAGCCAGUUUAUGCAUCUCCUGAGCAAACCUCCCCGUUCAGUGACUUUAGCAUCUCGUCAAAUUUACGGAGCAAUAUCGAGGCUAUGGGUUUCAAAGAAGCCUUCUCUGUUCAGGUCUCAGUCUAUAAAAUGCUACUUGAGGAUAUUACAAGAAACAAACUCAGCCCAGAUUUCAGGGGAGAUAUUUUGGUAAAUGCCUCCACUGGUUCUGGCAAAACCCUUGCAUAUUGUGUUCCCAUCAUUGAAGCUUUGCAUACGAGAAUUGUCCCAAGAGUAAGGGCGGUUAUUCUCGUCCCCACAAGACCAUUAAUUCAACAGGUAACCCAAACCCUUAUAGAGUUGAGCAAAGGUACAAAACUUAAUGUGGUGAGCUUGUCUAGUGACAUGUCCAUAAAAGAUGAGGGUCACAAAAUUUCUACUAAUGUUCCGGAUGUGAUUGUAUCAACGCCGGGUAGAUUAGUGGAACAUAUUCUUAAUAGUUCAGUCACUUUUGAGGCGUUAAGAUUUUUGGUUAUUGAUGAGGCUGAUAGAUUGCUUAAUCAAUCUUUCCAAAAUUGGAGUGAAAUUUUGAUCCGGAGUAUUGAAGAACAUAGAGAUUCCUCGAGAAACGUUGGUAACACAUGGGAACUUCAAACGCAAAAACUUGUUUUCUCGGCUACUUUGACCACUGAUGCUGGCAAGUUAUCGCUGCUAAAGUUCAGAAAACCUCGACUUAUUGUUGUCAAUUCGAAGGAACAGCUUGUAAACGAGAUGUUCUCUGUUCCAACAACAUUGACAGAGAGCAAGAUCUUAUUCGCAUCUAGUGAGUCUUCCUACAAGCCUCUUUUGCUCACAAAACUCAUGAUUCAGUCUGAAAAGCUUUCCAACGUUUUGAUCUUCUCGAGAUCUAACGAUUCCACCCUUCGUUUAGCGAAGGUCCUCGAAGCACUCUUUAAAAGAUUCUACCCCUCUGCUCCCAUCACUGUCGCCUACAUGAAUUCGACUAAUAACUUAUCAUCCGUGAGAAAUAGAGUCUUCAAAGAUUUUGGAAACGGUGAGAUUAACAUUUUGGUCGCGACAGAUUUGAUCGCUAGAGGUUUGGAUAUCCUGUCCAUUAAAGACGUCAUCAAUUACGACUUGCCAGUAUCGUCUCGUGAGUAUGUGCAUAGAGUUGGUCGUACUGCAAGAGCUAAUCAGCGAGGAGAGGCACUUUCUUUGGUAUUCGGCAGAGGUGAAAAUCAAUGGUUCAACAGCCUUAUGGUUGACGUUGGCAGAAACCAGCCCAUCGAUGAGCUUUAUCCUAAGGCUAUUGAUCUUUAUCUUGACGAUCAUGAGAAACAUCAGUUCGAAGAUAUAUUAACGAAGCUCACUUAG